UCACUCGGGCUAAGACAGAAGAGCAUCGUAUAUUUUCCUACCUUUGUUAUAUAUACAUACAAACUCUCUUGAACUCUUCUUUAUAUCCAUAUAUUACAGUUUCAGUUUUGUACCAAGUCAUGUGUAAUCCCAAGCCGUCUUCAGCAUCCCCAUUUCUGUGUCCCACAAAAACUUACCCCAAAGUUUUGGAUCCUACCCCUGAUGAUCAAGUUCAAGAUGAACUACAGAGAUGGCCUACUCCUAAUGAGGCCUUGGAAGAAAUGAAAGCCAUAUGGAAGAUAUCAGGUCCAACAGCCAUCACUGGUAUACUCAUAUAUUCAAGAGCUAUGAUCUCUAUGAUUUUCCUUGGCUAUCUCGGCGAGAUGGAACUAGCAGGAGGCUCUCUCUCUAUUGGUUUUGCCAACAUCACUGGCUACUCUGUGAUCUCUGGAUUAGCCAUGGGGAUGGAACCCAUUUGUGGACAAGCUUAUGGAGCAAAACAAUGGAAGCUUCUUGGCUUGACACUUCAAAGAACUGUACUCUUACUCCUCUCUACAUCAAUCCCCAUCUCAUUUAUGUGGCUUAACAUGAAGAGAAUCCUCUUAUGGUGUGGUCAAGACCAAGAAAUAUCAUCAAAGGCUCAAACUUUCAUCCUCUUCUCCAUACCAGACCUUUUCUUUCUUUCACUUCUCCACCCUCUGAGAAUCUACCUCAGGACUCAAAGCAUCACAUUGCCAUUAACAUAUUGCUCAGCUAUCUCUGUUCUGCUCCACGUCCCUUUGAAUUUCCUUCUAGUGGUUCAUCUAAAGAUGGGUAUUGAAGGGGUGGCCAUAGCAAUGGUAUUGACUAACCUCAACCUCAUUCUCUUCCUCUCCUCCUUUGUCUACUUCUCGGGUGCAUACAAGGACUCAUGGGUUUCACCAAGCAUAGACUGCAUCAAAGGGUGGUCUUCAUUGCUUGCACUUGCGGUUCCAACUUGUGUUUCAGUUUGCCUUGAGUGGUGGUGGUACGAGUUCAUGAUAAUGCUUUGUGGACUUUUGGUCAAUCCGAAAGCGACCAUUGCUUCAAUGGGAAUCCUUAUCCAAACAACAUCUUUAGUCUAUGUGUUCCCAUCAUCAUUGAGCCUUGGUGUUUCCACAAGAGUGGGGAACGAGUUAGGUGCAAACCGUCCUGGAAAAGCACGCAUUUCCAUGAUAGUGUCACUGUUCUGUGCUGUCGUUUUAGGCCUUGCAGCUAUGCUAUUUACCACCUUGAUGAGGCACCAAUGGGGUAGGUUCUUCACCAAUGACCAUGAGAUUCUAGAGCUUACAGCCAUAGUGUUGCCAAUUGCUGGGCUUUGUGAGCUUGGGAACUGCCCACAAACCACUGGUUGUGGAGUUCUAAGAGGUAGUGCAAGACCAACCAUUGGAGCAAACAUCAAUUUGGGCUCAUUUUACUUGGUGGGUAUGCCAGUGGCUAUCCUUCUGGGGUUUGUGGCCAAAAUGGGAUUUGCAGGGCUGUGGCUUGGGUUGCUUGCAGCCCAAGCAGCAUGUGCUGUGCUCAUGUUGCUUGUUCUCUGCAGAACAGACUGGAAUGUGCAAGUAGAAAGAGCCAAAGAGCUCACAAAAACCUCAACUAUAACCACCACUUCUUCUUCUUCUACUGAUGCUAAAUUACCUACAUUCACAAAAGCAGAGGCUAACAAGAACAAGAAUGCUCAUGCUUGUCUUGAAGAGAUAGUUAUCACUGAUGAUGAUGAGGUUACCAAGACAUGUUCACUUGAAAAAGAUCCACUGAUCAUACGCACUGCCAAAUAAAAUGUAGAUUAGUUAACCAUAGUUUUUCUUCCCCUCAUUUUUUUUCUUUACCUUCAUUUAUUGGAUGGUACUAAAAAAUCACUCCCCGUUAUACUCGACUAGCGAGUGUGGGGUGGAGGAAAUCCUUGUACGCAGCCUUACCCUUACAUAAUUGCAAAGAAACUAUUUUCUGGAUUCGAAUCCAUGACCUUUCAGUCAUGAAGGAAUAGUUUUACUACUGCUCCGGUUCACCCCUUAUUUAUUGGAUGGUACUGUAGAAUAAAAAAAAUCAACCCCCCCUUGGCCCUCCCUUUU